AUGUCUCGACGGGGAGAUGCCUGGAGAAAACAAAGACACGGCAAUGCCAAUGCUUCAUCUAGCUGGACUAGAAAUAGGUUCCGAAUACCACAUCCACCUGGAUUAAGAGGUCGUCAAAUUGGAUUAUUCUAUCGAGAUUUGAAUAAAAAAAAUAAGAAUACUAAAAAAGAUCACGCACUAGCUCUUCGCAUACCUAAACCAGUAAUAACAAAAUUAAUGAGAAAUCUAGAAAAUAUAGCAACCAUUGCUAAGAAAGAUAACAUAACUAUAUUGCCAAAGAUGAUUUCAGUAUUAUUUCCUGAAAAACUUGAUAAUGAAAAUAAAGUAACAACUAAAAUACUUAAUGACAUUGAAGAGAAUGAGCCAUCUAUAAAACUUUUGAAAACUGAUCCUUCAACUAUUUGUGCUCCUGGCCCAUCACAGACUCCCGAUUUUAUACCAAUAAAAUCAGAAGUAUUCCAAGAAUAUGGAACAGGAGAGCGGGUUUUAUCAUUGAGAGGUGCUGGUGAUUUUAAGUAUGGAUACAAAGAUAUCAUAACUGGUACUUUUGAUGAAAAACUAGAAGAAUGUUUGUCAAAAGGUAUAAAUAUUACUAAAUCAAAUGAUGAAAUUACCUCUUUAAAUAAACUAUUUUAUGAUGAACAUAUAAACAGACUAUCAAAUUCUCAAUAUCUCAAAAUGAAAAAAUUUCGAGAGACACUACCAACAUAUAAAAAGUCAGAAGAUCUGUUGAAUGUCAUUAACAAUAACCAAGUAGUAGUAAUAAGUGGUGAAACCGGCUGUGGAAAAUCAACACAGGUACCACAGAUAAUACUUGAUCAUGCUCUCAUGAACAAGAAAGGAGCAAAUGUUAAACUGUUAAUAACACAACCAAGACGUAUUGCUGCAUCCUCUCUUGCAGUUAGAGUGGCUAAGGAGAGGGCAGAAUCAAUGGGUGUUUCUGUAGGAUAUGCUGUAAGAUUAGAAAAAGAAGAAGCAAGACCCCGUGGAAGUAUGAUGUUUUGCACCACUGGCAUAUUAUUAGUUGAUUUAGAAACAAAUCAAGGUUUGACAGACUACAGUCAUAUUAUAUUGGAUGAGGUUCAUGAAAGAGAUUGCCAUAUUGAUUUUGCUAUGUGCAUGUUGAAGCAGGUACUGCAAAAGCGAAAGGAUUUGAAACUAAUUUUAAUGAGUGCUACAAUAGAUGCAGAGAAACUUUCUGCUUUUUUUAAUGACUGCCCAAUGAUGCACAUUGAGGGAUUAGCUUAUCCAGUGAAAGAUGUAUACCUCGAGGAGAUUCUUCACUUGACACACUUUCAAUUGAAAGAUGUACCACAACCAAAGGGUGAUCAUAAGUUUAGAGGAGGAAGAAAUAGAGCAGCUGCUGCUGGAAAUGAGAAAGCCAUUCAGUACAGAGCAGAAAUAAGACCCUGGCUGGAAUCUAUAAAGAAGAAUUUGGAUCCCUCUGUAUACCAGACACUUCAGGAUCACAGAAUAGAAGAUUUAAACAUGGACUUAAUCUUUGAAGUUAUUAAAUACAUAUGUCGUGGGCCACCAGGUGCCAUAUUAGUAUUUCUUCCUGGUAUUGGAGAAAUAACAAAACUAUUAAAAAUCAUACAUGAGAAUGAAUCAUAUCUUGGUUCAAAAUGUGAAGUUCAUGCGCUCCAUUCAAAACUACCAACAUUAGAACAAAAUAAGAUUUUUGAAAGCCCUCCUAGUCAUAUAAGAAAAAUUAUAGUAGCUACUAAUAUAGCAGAAACAUCGAUAACAAUAGAUGAUAUUGUCUAUGUCAUUGAUUGUGGUAAAAUAAAAUAUAACGGAUUAAAUGUCGAACAGAAUUUUACGACUUUGAAAACUGAAUGGGUAUUGCAAGCAAAUUUGCGACAAAGACGGGGCCGUGCCGGUCGAUGCCAGCCUGGCGUGUGCUAUCAUUUGGUGACGACAUACCGAGCUGGAGUCCUCGAAGAACGAUUAUUGCCUGAAUUGCAGAGAAGCAAUUUGUUGGAACCUGUCCUAACAAUAAAAAGGUUAAGACUGGGCAAAGCGGCAGAUGCCUUUAAGAAUGUCCCAGAUUCACCUUCAGAAACUACCGUUGAACGAGCGGUUACACAUCUACAGCAAUGUGGGGCUUUAGAUGACAAUGAAACCUUAACUCCAUUGGGAUGGCAUCUAGCGAGACUGCCUGUUCAUCCGGCGGCAGGGAAACUGGUGUUAUUUGGAGCUCUUUUUGGGUGUCUUGAUCGGGCAGCGAGUGUUGCAGCUGUAUGGAGUUUCAAGGAUCCCUUUCUUCUAAUCAUCGACAAAGAAGAUGAAGUAAAAGCUGUCAAACGUCGACUAGCGCUAGGCGAGCCAAGCGAUCACAUCGCUGUAUCAGAGGCUCUAAUCCAAUGGGAACGAUGCGCUCCUUAUAAGAGACGAAAUUACGCCUACCAGAAUUUCCUAUCUCACAACACUUUAGAAUUAUUGUCCGAUAUGAAGAACCAAAUAGGAGAUAAUUUGAAGCAGAUGGGUUUCUUAAGUUCUGGCAGGGUCACAUCGGCGUGGGAGAAUCGGAAUACAGACAACUUGAGUUUGUUCAAAGCUAUCAUUGCUGCAUCAUUGUACCCUAAUAUUGCUACCGCAAGAUGGACACGCUUCAAUGCGCGGAAUCCAAACAAACCAGUUAGAGUGAAAGUAAAAACACCAGAAGGCAAUGUAACUAUCCACCCCAGUAGUAUGAUGAGCCCUCCAAAGAAAAACCCAGUGAAACCGUGUACAAACAUGGGCGCGAAUUGGUUGGUGUAUUGGCUCAAGCAGAAAUCGUCUGAUCUUUUCGUUAUAGACGUCACUCUGGUGUAUACACUGCCGUUGCUGUUCUUCGGGGAGUUGAAAGUGUUUGACAAUGAGGAAGACCCAUUGUUUUGUAAUAUAUCAAUAUCGUCGUACAAGGUCAAUGUAUUAAAGGAGUCAGCAGAGUUACUCCUUGAACUACGUAAUUUAUUAGACCAAGUAUUGGCAUCAAAGAUAAUGGUAUCCAGCACACAUUCAAUAAAACACUCUGAAUUUGAAGAAAAUGUUUUAAAUGCUGUGAUAGCAGUCAUAACUGCAGAAGAUGAACGCGCCGAAUAUGUAGAUGACACGGAGUCGGAUAAAUCUGAAUGUGAAUCGACAUCUCAUCGAUAA